CAUAAGCAGUACUAUAAUGGAUGUAGACAGCACAAUUUCCAGUGGGCGUUCAACUCCAGCCAUGAUGAAUGGACAAGGAAGCACUACUUCUUCAAGCAAAAAUAUUGCCUAUAAUUGUUGUUGGGACCAGUGCCAGGCUUGCUUCAACUCUAGCCCAGAUCUGGCAGAUCACAUCCGUUCCAUACAUGUAGAUGGUCAGCGAGGAGGGGUGUUUGUUUGCUUGUGGAAAGGCUGUAAAGUGUAUAACACUCCCUCCACCAGCCAGAGUUGGUUACAGAGGCACAUGCUGACGCACAGUGGGGACAAACCUUUCAAGUGUGUUGUUGGUGGCUGCAACGCCAGCUUUGCAUCUCAGGGAGGGCUAGCCCGCCACGUACCCACGCACUUCAGUCAGCAGAACUCCUCAAAGGUUUCGAGCCAGCCAAAGGCCAAAGAAGAAUCUCCUUCGAAAGCUGGGAUGAACAAAAGGAGGAAGUUAAAGAACAAAAGACGACGCUCAUUACCACGACCGCACGACUUCUUCGAUGCACAAACACUGGACGCGAUAAGACAUCGAGCCAUAUGCUUUAACCUCUCGGCGCAUAUAGAAAGUUUAGGAAAGGGACACAGUGUUGUUUUUCAUAGUACUGUAAUAGCUAAGAGAAAAGAGGAUUCUGGAAAGAUAAAACUUUUGCUUCAUUGGAUGCCUGAAGACAUUCUGCCAGAUGUAUGGGUGAAUGAGAGUGAACGACAUCAAUUAAAAACUAAAGUAGUUCAUUUAUCAAAGUUGCCCAAAGAUACUGCCUUGCUUUUGGACCCAAACAUAUACAGAACAAUGCCGCAGAAGAGGUUGAAGAGAACUCUGAUAAGAAAAGUGUUCAAUUUGUAUUUAAGCAAACAGUGAACGGCAUUUGCAAUCAACUAAAAAUUCGUCUAUCGAAUUAGGGCUGAAAGUCUGUUACAGAGUGUUGCAGUGUCUGGUGGCUCCCUUUCAGGACUAGGGCUUUCUCACGGAGUACAGUAUGUUGGUAUUUACCCGGAUAACUCAGUUUGUUAACGGUUUUUGAAAAACCUCUUUCAAAUUAGAAUAAUCUUCGUAUUUUCAGUUAACCUAUAUGACUCUAAUUUUUUUCUGAGGAAAGCAUUUGGUUUUUGAAUUCUUUUUUCUUAAUGUAAGAAAAAUUGUAUUUUUUUUAAAGUAUCUUCAAACUGAGUGAGUCUUUUAUGCACCAAAGUUGGUUUUGAAAAGGAAAAUAAAAAUCACUUUCUUGCUUGGUAAGCAAGAAGCCAUAUGGAAUUUUUUUUAACUUACAGAAAUGGAAAUAUGUGUAACUUGUUAGUAUUGUAUCAAACAAAUGUUCCAUAGAGUUAAUAGAACAUUGCUUGUAAAUAAUUCAGCAGAUUUGUAAUAUAUUUUUAUAUUAUGAAAUGUACUGUAGAUGUUUUUCUAGAGGCAUGAAAGUUAAAUGUAUAUAUUAUGGUAGAAAUAAUAUUGAAGGAUAUUGUAAUUCACUAGUGCUGCCAGAGGAAUUGUUAAUAAAGCACCUUCUUUAACAAUAAAUGUCUUUUGCAGACCUAAAGGACUAUGUACUACUGUUAAUAUCUCUAAGAGCAAAACGUAUUGAACAUCCUUCCAGAAAGUCUUUGAGGGAGGACCUGUACCCGUGAUAGAAUUAUGGCACUCGUUUCUGAUGGUGACCAUGGAGUCAGUGUUUCCCUUACUGUCGGAAGGACGUAUUGUAAAGUCCGUGGUUAUAUGCAGUCAGACUGCACAGAACACUCCUGAUGGAGGAGUCUUCACUUCACUACAGUGAUCUAAAACCAGCAGUUUUUACACUAGAUUUUUAAAAUUAAUAAUAGACAAAAAUAUAGAAUUAAACCUUUGGUUCCAAAAUGGGAAAGAGUUCACGAUGCGUAAAUCAUUUCUCAUUUGCUUUAAAAAAUGAUAAACAAAAUGGGAGGCGUUAUUUGUUAACAGUGGGGUGAAGAGCUAUAUCCACGAAAUGAGUCACAUAAAAUUCAAUGAAGUGCGAAUAAAAGCACUGCUACUAUAAGACGUUCUGGAACGGUUGUUUAAUAAGGGUGUUCUCCAUAUGACCUGUAGCAAAUGUGAUUUUAUUUUUUAAAUGAAAAGAAAAAGCAGCGUGCUUUUUUGCUAUUUUUGUUUUCUUUGCUUAAGCACUUCACCAAUUGCUUUAUUCUGUAUCUGGGAAGUAAUCUGCAGUCUCUCCUUUGUUCUUUUUACAUUUUGAUUUGUUAUACAAUUGCCAAAUAGAAGUGUUUCAGAUAUAUAGUUUGUACCUGUAUUUUUAUUUUAUUGCUUCAUGUUCUUGUAAGUCGUUCUUACUUGACCGAUGAUUGUAGACUUUGCUUGAGUAUUUUUUCUAAUAAAAACAAAGCAAAUCUCAUUUAGCUUCAAAUUGUAACAGUUCAAUUACAUUUUAAAAUGGCACCUGAAUAUACACAUCCAACAUUUUCUUUAGGAGCACAGUAAACACAUUAGUUUUUUCAUUGUAGCAGUGCUUAGAUGUCAAAGUCAAAUUUCAUGGUCAUUGAUUAGCCUUGGAAUACUCAGUCACUUAUAGUCCUUUCUGCUGCUUAUCUGACUUUGGUUUGAUAGUGUCAGCACACCAAAAAGCAUAUGGAAUUAAAAUGAGCUAAUUUUAUAACGUGUGUAUACACACAAUUAUGACUGGAAAAUAAGUGCGAACAUUUUCAUCUCUGUUGUUCAGUUAUUGAUACCUGCUCAUCUGUAGUGUUCUUGCUACCAUCUAUGUUCUUUCCGCUCCCAAAUACGACGUCUGUGAUAUGAUGCCUGACAUGACCUCUCGCUCCGGGUCCACGUGCAGUCUAGCACUGGGCAACCUCCGGCCUACACACGUAGCCCUCGUUUACGCAGUGUCUGUGGCUGCUUCUCCCUGUACCCGGGGAGGCGAGCGGCAGGACCUCCGGGCCUGCAAGCCUGAACGAUUUACUCUCUGGUCUUUCAGAAAAGUUGGCUGAUCCUUGUGAGGUGAUAAACUUUUGGAAGAACAAACUUAAACCUUGGAUUUUCCAUGUUGGAUUUAACUAUAAUAGUGUUAAUUUGGGUAAUAGGACAGUGCAUUCAAUUUCAGUGAAAGCUGUUUAAUGUUUUACAGUAAAUGUUGCCAUAUUAGACACCUGCAACAAAUGAUGUUUUGGGGGAACUUUUAUAUUGGACUUGUUAAUAGUUAAUCCAUCAUUUUACCAUUUGUAUUUUUGUAUUUUGUUUUACAAAAUAGAAGCAAAUGAGAUUUUGUAUAUCAGACUAUGUUUAAACCAUAAGGCACAUCUGCUUUAUUUAAAAGCAUUUUGAAGUAGAAAAUAUUGUAAAAUUUAAAGUUGUUUAUUUUUCUAAUAAACUUUUUCAGUACAUAAAUUUUCCCUACAGUGGCCACACAUUACUUUUGAAUUUCAGAUGAAACUAAGAUGGACAGUAAUUAGACAUAAUUUCAGAUUUGUUUUAUUCAUUGAAGUAUUGAUACUCUUGUCAGCACACCCUUGGCUAUAAGAUUUUUUUCUCUUUCACAUAUUAAUAAAAUGUUUUAAAUACGUAUUUACUCUUAAAAAUACAGAAUUUGCCAGCUGUUUAAAGCAUGUUCUGUGGUUUGCUCCUUGAUUUUUUUUUUUUAUUAAUACAUGGUGAACAAAAGUGUUAGAUUUUUAAAUAAAAUAUAAAAAUGGGUAAAUAGAGUUGAAGUAUUUUAUGUAUUUCAUGGGAAGAGGGUCUUUCCGUUUACUCACAGCUUUAUAAAAUUGUACCUCUACGUAAGUUUUCCAAAAGCAAACGAAUUUUUAGUUUAUGUAAAUUCUUCACACAAAACCUGAUACAUUUCUCAGGCCUAACGUGGACCUACAAAGAGAUACUUAUGAAAAAGUUUUAUAAAAAAGAGUUAAGUCAUGUAUCAUUUUUAGACUUCUUCUGAAAGAAAUGGUACAUUUUGGGGUAUCUAAUUUAAAAGUUUUCUAUUCUAAAAAAGUGCAAGAAUAUUUCAUAAAAGGAUAAAAAUGUUUUUAGAAAGAUUUCCUGCAUUCGUAUUUUCAAUUGUUAAAGACUGUGAUCUGGUAUAUGGCAUUUUGAAAUUCUAACACGACGGCUUUAAUAAAAAAACUUUAUAGAUUUUAAAAAA